UGACGUUUUAAUUCAAUAGUGCAUUGGUGAUCAAUGCACAUUAAUUUCCACUCCCCAAUUAAAACCAUACGUGCUACAGAUUUACAUUUUUUUUUAUAGAUCUGUCGCAUGCAUAUUUGGGUUUUGCUUUUGGGUGCCUGUGGAUUUUAGCAAAAAAAAAUAUUUUGCAUAGGGAUUUUUGAUUCUCUUCGUGGUUAUUGAUCAUGGCUCGUUUUAAUGAAAAUCCUUUUGCAGAAGAAGCUAAUGUGAAUCCAUUUGCGAAUACUGGAGGCGCUGCCCGUGGUUCAACAAUUGAUAUUCCUCUUGAUAGUGCAAAGGAUCUGAAGAAGAAGGAGAAGGAACUACAAGCUCGAGAGGCUGAUCUGAGAAGAAGAGAACAAGAAGUGAAAAGGAGAGAAGAGGCCUUAGCAGGAGCUGGUGUUGUUGUAGAGGAAAGGAAUUGGCCACCAUUCUGCCCUAUCAUUCAUCAUGAUAUUGCAAAUGAAAUCCCGAUCCAUUUACAAAGGAUGCAGUAUGUUGCAUUUACUACAUUGUUGGGUAUGUUCGAUUUAAAACCAGCUGUUACAUCUUUUUGUUUACCCUCUGAUUUACAGAUGCUACUAAUGCUUCUCAGUUCUCACAUUACCAACUUUCUAGCAAGUCAACAACCUUUGAUUUUACCUGGCUUACAGACCGAU